AAAAAGGCAGAUCAAAUUAAGGUCCUUUACUCCUAUAGGCUAUAGGAUUCCCAAACCUAAAUAAAUCAGUCUUCUCCUCACUUUCUCGAGAUUGGAACAAAAAAAAAUAUCAGGGCUUCUCUGCAUGUGAGGAUUGCGACCAUGCCCAUGGUGAAUCUUGAUUUCUCUGACGCAGCCUCUCCACCUUCACAUAUUCUCAGAAAAUCCCCACGGAAACAAGCUUCAGAGCCUUCUCCUCCAGAACCAGCAGCAGCAGCAGCAGCAGCAGUAAAGAAGAAGACGAAGAAGAAGAAGAAGACAUUGGCGAGCAGCAGCAGCAGAAUCUGGAACGAGGAAGAUGAGCUCACUGUGUUAAAAGGGUUAGUGGAUUAUCGAGCCAAGACAGGAAACGAACCCAACAGUAACUGGGCUGACUUUUAUCGUUUCCUCGGUGAUUCCAUCACUGCGAUAUACUCAAAGGAUCAGGUUUUGACUAAGAUCCGCAAGCUGAAAGGUAAGUUCAUUGUUAGCAUGCAGAAAGGAAACACCAGCAACUCUGAAGCCUUCCUACUUUCCAAAAGGAUAUGGGCCCCCCAAAAUGAACCUGAUCAGUCUGUUAAUCACAGCAGCAAGAGUGGUGAUGAAAUGGGUAAUGAAUCAUUACCAAAAGCUGACUUUGAAGGCAAUGACGAGUCAUGGGCUGUGCGGGAUGCGUUCGAGACCAUGGUGUCUAAAGGUUUAAGUGAUUAUCAAAAGAAGUUGCAGCUUGAGAAGCUGAUGAACCUUGGAUCUGGUAAAAGAAAAGAGUUGAGCGAUGAGUGGAAAGAGUUAUGUGCUGAGGAAGUCAAACUCAAUAUCAAGAGGUUUAAGUUUUCUGCUUUGCUUGCAGAGGCUGCUAAAUGGUAACUCUUUGUGAAAAAUAUAUAUAUCUGCUUCAGUGUGUCUAAUAGAAGCACUAUGUUUUCUCUGGUGUCUAAAAAAGAAUCAUGUUUCUCGGCUUUUAUGUAAUCUUAAUGUUAAUGUAAUAAAAAUAUCGGCUUUUAUGUAAUCUUAAUGUUAAUGUAAUAAAAAUAUCGGCUUUUAUGUAA